UAUCGCUAACCUAAAAAUUUUUUUAGUAACAGUGAGUAUUUAAUUUUGGAGUUCGAAGACUUUAUAUUUUCUCUGUAAGCUUUUUCAAAAUCAUAAAUGGGAAUGAUUGUUUACAAUAAUGUCUAAUAAUGAUUGUGGAAUAUUGAUUAAUGACCAUCACACCGAUAUUGUCUUAAAGACAUACAGCAAUCGAAUCUUUGUGAUAGUUACACAAUUUAAAAAAUUUGGUUCUAUGGUAACAGUUACAAGAGAAUCUUUGCCAAAUCAACAUAAUAGUGAAACAUAUUCAACCCACAUUAUUUUUGGUAAAGACGUUGAUGAAAUACAUGUUGCAGCCCGCUACAUAGCUGAAGCAAUAAAUAUUGAUAGACCAUUGUUGCUUUCCAUUGCUCUGAAAGAUUAUGAAUUAUCUACUUUAAAGCAAAUAACUGCAGUAAUAAAUACGAUGAAAACUUGGUAAAGGAAAGAACACAAAUAUAUAUUAACAAAAGUUUUAAACAAAAUAGUUCAAAAUGGCUGCGAUAUUUGGUCAACUUGUUAUCGGUCCUCCAGGAAGUGGAAAAACGACGUAUUGCAAUGCAAUGUGUCAGUUUUUAGAAAAAAUAGGUAGAAAAGUAGCUGUGAUAAAUAUAGAUCCAGCUAAUGAAAAUAUGAAAUAUUCCACUACGAUUGAUAUCUCAGAGUUAAUAAAACACGAAGAAGUUAUGGAAACGUAUAAACUUGGUCCCAAUGGAGCUCUAGUUUACUGUAUGGAAUUUUUAGAAGCCAACGUUGAGUGGCUGAUAACAAAAAUCUUAAAUUUAAAAGAUUAUUACCUUAUUUUUGAUUGUCCUGGUCAAAUAGAACUAUAUACACACCAUAAAUCUGUUGCUGCUAUAGUAGAAAAAAUGAGUCAGAAUUUGAUACGACUUUGCAGUGUAUAUUUAAUAGAUUCUCAUUAUUGUAGCGAGCCUGGUAAAUAUCUUUCGUCACUACUUGUCUGUACAAGUACUAUGCUACAAUUAGGAUUACCACACAUUAAUGUUCUUACAAAAUUUGAUCAAAUGAAAAAAUUCAAAGAUAGAUUAGAUUUUAACAUUGAUUUUUAUACCGAAGUCUUAGAUUUACAUUAUUUGUUGGAAAAACUUGAUGAAGAUCCCUUCACGGCUAAGUACAAGAAGCUUAAUGCUGCAUUAAUUUCUUUAAUAGAAGAUUACAGUCUUGUUAGUUUUUUACCAUUAGAUAUUUCUAACCAAAAUUUACUUUUGCAAGUUAAAAAUGCCGUUGACAAAGCCAACGGCUAUAUUUUUGGAGGUAAUGAACCACAAGAUAUUCAAACGCUACUAGCUUGUGCUGUUGGAGCAGUGAACGAAAAUGAAAAAAUGUCUACUCUUGAAUCAUAUUUAUAAUGAAGAUGAUUAAUAAAAAAUUUCACCAAAA